GGUAUCGUGUGCACCUCCAGCUUCGACCUGCAUGGCUCUAUCCUCAACAGCUAGCGAGUGCAACUAAAGCUCGCGCUCUAAAGCCGUUUUCACCCACCGUUUCCACCUUAUCUCCCAUCCUCCAUAGCUGCCAGUAACUCCUCCCCAGGCCCGGGUCACGGCCAUACCCCGCGAUCAUGUUGGAGGGACUGGUUGCCAACCUACUCAACCGCUUUCUGGGGAUCUACGUCAAAAACUUUGAUGCUAAGCAACUCAACAUCGGUAUCUGGUCUGGCGACGUGAAACUCCAUAAUCUAGAACUCCGACGGGAAGCUCUCGAUCAAUUACACCUCCCCCUCAACGUCGUCGAAGGCCAUGUCGGACAGCUCACGUUAUCCAUCCCCUGGUCGAAUCUCCGAGGCAAACCCGUCCGGGUCGACAUCCAGGAUGUUUUCCUCCUCGCAGCUCCCAAGGAGGACGCAGACUACGACCCAGAGGAGGAAGAGAGGCGAGCGCAUGCUCUCAAAAUGGACAAGAUUGAGAGUGCGGAAAUGCUGAAAGAACGCAACAUCGAAGGAAUGAGCCAGGAGGAGCAGCGCCGGAACCAGAGUUUCACCCAGAGUCUGGUGACCGCUGUCGUCGACAACCUCCAGAUUUCUAUCAAGAACGUCCACUUCCGCUACGAGGACUCGAUCGCUUCGCCGUCCCACCCUUUUGCUGUUGGCGUGACACUGAAGGAAUUAAGUGCCGUCAGUACCGACUCCGAGUGGAACCCUACCUUCAUCCAGUCCACUUCCGGCACCACGCACAAACUGGCCAUCUUGGGCGCUCUGGCUGUCUAUUGGAAUACCGAUGCAGAACUCUUGGGCACAGGACGGGGUUCGGACGUGGGCGCAGAAGCUCAAGGCAUUGGGCAUGCGGAGCUGCUUGACAAGUUAAGGGCUGGUAUCGAUAAUCAAGACAGUGCCCAGUUCAUGCUGCGCCCAGUCAGUGGCCGUGCAGGUUUGGAGCUGGACAAAUCGGGCAAGCAUGACCGGCCGUCUCUCAAGGCUAGGCUUCUAUUCGAUGAGCUCAGCUUCGUCCUGGACGACCAUCAAUACCGUGAUGGUCUGAUGCUUGUGGAUUUGUUCCAUUACUUCAUCCGCCAUCAAGAAUACAAGAAAUUGCAGCCCAAGUGUCGGCCCAAGGAGGACCCCAGGGCAUGGCUGAGAUUUGCUGGAGAGGCCGUACUCAGCAAGAUCCAUGAUCGUAAUAGGCGAUGGACUUGGGCUUAUCAAAAGGAGCGAAGGGACGAUCGCAUCGCCUACAUCGACCUGUUCAAGAAACAGAAGCGAGAAGGAACGCUCACCGGAUUCGACGAAGAGAAGUUCGAUCACCUUCAGCGCAAGCUGAGUUACGAGGACAUCCGCUUCUGGCGGUCACUAGCAAGGAACCAGCUGCGGAAAGAGAACGUCGGCGUCAAGAAACCGGCGCAACAACAGACCUGGGGUGAAUGGUUCUGGGGUACAAAGAAGGAAGAGUCGGAGGAAACUGCCAUGACUGAAGAGCAACGGCAGGAGCUGUACAAUGCUAUUGACUGGGACGAGAAGAAGGCGAUUGCGGAAAGUGUCGAUGUCCCGCGAGAAUGGGUCAAGCUCCAGGUCAACGCCGGCCUGAAAGCUGGAAGCUUCACAAUGAAGCGCGAUCCUCACGGGAGGGCGGAUGAAGUCAUGAAAAUGGUGUUUGACAAUUUCCGAGCCAAGGCUCUACAACGUCCUGACUCUUUCUUCAUUGAUGUCAACCUCGGUGGACUGAGGGUGUAUGACGGGACGACUCCAGGGAGUCUUUUCCCGCAAAUCGUUAAGGUCAAGGACUCCCUCCCCGAACCCAAGCACCGUCUGUCCCAAGCCUCAGGCGAUGAGGAGCUCGACUCUGAGGCCGACGACGACAUCUCUGCAUACCAGGACAGCUUGUUCCAUCUGCAGCUUGAGAAGAAUCCUCUCGAGAGUGACGCAGACUCAGUGGUCAAAGUCAAGAUGAAGAGUAUCGAAGUCAUCUACAAUCCUACGUUCAUCGUUGAAAUAGUCAAGUUCUUCGAGCCGCCAGAGCGACAUAUGGAGUCCAUCGGGGCUCUUCUCGACACCGCAGGUGCUACCGUCGAGGGGAUUCGGCAGCAAACGCGAGCCGGCCUUGAAUUUGCCUUGGAGGAGCACAAGAAAGUCGACGCACAGUUCGAUAUUCAUGCGCCUUUGAUCAUCGUCCCGGAAAGUAUCACACAAGAGAGCUCACUUUGUCUGAUUCUGGACGCCGGUCAUAUCAGUGUCAAUAGCGAGUUAGUCGACAGACAGACUAUGAAAGACCUUCAAUCGAAACAAAAACGGCAGUAUGAGGAGGGCGACUACAAGGAGCUCGAGCAUCUGCUCUAUGACCGAUUCUUGCUCAAGCUUGAUUCAACUCAGGUCCUCAUCGGUCCCGGUAUCGAGAUCACAAAGUCACAGCUUAGCUCUGAUGUCGAGUCGCGCAAUUUACACAUUAUUGACCGCAUCAAUGUAGACUUCGUUCUGGAGAUGUGCAUUGUACCCAAGGUCACUGAACUCACGAGGACUCGUAUAUCUGGUCAUCUCCCCGAGCUACACGCUUCGAUGUCGGACAAGAAAUAUAAGGGCUUGAUGAAACUCAUUGAUAUCGCCAUUCCACGCUUCAGUGAUGGCAGUGACUCGAAGAAGCCGGAAGAGAGAGCAACAGAGGCGCCUGCGACUGCCGACAGGCCUAGGUCGGCUUCUUUCCAGCCGUCCAACCUUAGGGAGCUUCCCGUCGUUGAUGAGUCGGACGAUGAGUCGGAUGACGAAAACAUGCAGAAGAGCAUCGAUAAGCCCAUGAAUAUCCAUCGACGCGAUUUUGAAUUCAAGUUCACUGUAGGCUGUUUACGAGGCUCAUUAUUCCGCUCCGACCCGAAUGAUCAGCUUCGUGACCACCUGCUCGUUGAACUGGUAGCCGAAGGCUUUGCUCUGGAUUUCUACAUGAGACCUUUCGAUAUGGUCGCAGAGGUUGUUUUGAAGUCCUUGAGUGUAGACGACUACAUUGAAGAGAAUCCAGUACCGGAGUUUAAGAGAAUAAUAUCUUCCAAGGGCUUCGAUGCCGACGAGAACAAAGAUCUCUUCCACCUCAAGUUCGUCAAAGUGAAUCCUGACUCUCCCGAGUUUCAUUCCACAUAUGAAGGCGUGGCAAUGAACCUUGACACAUCCGUAUCGACCAUCAAUCUCAUCGUGACUAGGAAGACGCUCCUGACGCUCCUGGACUUUAUCCUCCUCACUUUCACAAGUCCGGACCAAGCAAACAACCAGGUAACCCAGGCGGAUGAUAGUAAUCAAGACGCCAUAGCCGCAAACGAGCAAUCUCAACAGACUGGCAAGAUUCGCAUCAAAGCCAAUAUGAAGAGUAUUGCCCUUAUUCUCAACAACGAUGGCGUCAGGCUUGCUACGCUCAGUCUCAAUACAGCCGAUGUCGGAAUCAAUCUUGUGGGUCGCGCGAUGUUGAUCCAGUCGCGAAUUGGAAGCCUGACUCUCAUCGACGAUGUCAACACAGGUGCAUCAGAGAGCUCAGAUCUUCGCAGACUUCUCACCAUUGAGGGUGACAAUUUUGCCGACUUCAAAUACGAGACGUUUGAUCCAGGAAGUGCAGAUUAUCCCGGUUAUGAUUCUGAGGUUUUCCUGAGGUCAGGCUCGAUGAAGAUCAAUUUCGUAGAAGAGCCCUACCGCAAAAUCAUCAACUUCCUCGUGAAGUUUGGCAAGAUGCAGGCCAUCUUCAAUGCCGCCCGGCAAGCUGCAGCGAAUCAGGCUAACCAGCUUCAAGAGAAUGCCUCCCGGAUGCGAUUCGAUGUGGUUGUUAUGACGCCCAUUCUGGUCUUCCCAAGCUCUCUGACAGAAAGUGGUGUGCAUGACACGAUUACAGCUCACCUGGGUGAAAUAUACGCCAAAAACACUUUCGUUCCUCUUGAUGACGCUAAGGACAGCCCUGCUGUAAAUCUGAUCUCUUCUGGUAUUCGCAACAUCCGUUUGACUUCCAAGUUCCAUUACGAUGCAGAUACUGUAGAGGAGCUUGAGAUGAUACAGAAAGUCAAUCUUGAUUUCAGUAUUUGCUAUCUCGAACAUCAGCAAGAUAACCCGCGUCCAGAUAUCGAGGUAGAAGGGUCCAUGUCCCCGAUUAAUCUUCGAAUUUCGCAGAAGCAAUUCAAGUUCUUGUUGGAUUUGUCCAAGACGGUUCCCAAUGCCUUCGCUACCGAUAGUGAACAACAAGAGCUCGAAGCCCUGGAAGCUCUUCCUUCGUCAGUAACAGAGCCCUCCAGGGAGGCCGAGUCCAAGGCGAUUGAGCGAAGUCUUUCACGGGAGCGAACAUCCUUGGAAGAUGUCAAGCAAGAAACAUGGGUUCGACUGGACAUGGUCUUCAAGGUGGACAGUGUUGGGCUCGAGCUUAUCUUAGCUGCCGAUGAUGCGCCAGUCGGUCGCUUGGAGGACUCUAGCCUAUCCAAGUUCUCACUCAAUGACACGAAAGUCAAAAUGCGUAUGCUGACGGAUGGCUCCUUGGAGUCCGAGCUUCUGAUUCACUCCCUCUCCAUCCGGGAUAGCCGCAACCAGGACACGAAUAAAUUCAGGAAGAUCAUGUCCUUGAUCAACAACGACGUUCAGCAGCAAUUUAUGGCCAGCGUCUCCAUGUCUCCGGGCCCGCAGAAGCACCUCAUUGCCAUGCUUACAAUUGACAGCCCGCGUAUCAUACUGGCUUUGGACUACCUAUCUGCUUUACAGUCGUUCGCAAAUUCAGCUUUUGCCUCGGAAGAACCAGUGGUUGAAGAAGAGAGCGACGAGACUCUUGAAGAGUCAGAGCCUCGGUCCAGCACUGCCGAAAGUGACGAUGCUUCGUUGAAUGCCCUGUCAAAUGAAGACGCGCCACCUGCUGCUUCUGCAGAACAAAUGACUGUAUCUUUUAGGGUGAAUCUGGUUGAUGCUCAAGUGAUUACGAUUGCUAAUCCCGCUAUCGCACAUACUGAAGCUAUUGUCUUGGGGACUAAGCAGCUAUUGUUCUCUCAUCAGAACGUUUCGACACUGCAGAUUAGCAAAGUUGGCAUGUUCCUCUGUCGCAUGGACAAAUUCGAAACUAGUAGGCUUCGGAUCCUGGACGAUUUCACUUUAGAGGUGUCAGUGGACAGUCGUGGGCAAGAGAAGGGCUCCUCCCUCACCUCCAUCAAUGCCCACAUAGAACCUCUGGUUCUGCGUCUUUCUCUUCGAGACAUCUUGAUGGCGAUCCAAAUUGUGAACAAGGCUUCUGAAAUGAGGGCUCAAAGGACACAACCAGUUGAGACCGGCGAAGUGAAGAGCUUACCAGAAGCGAAGAGUAUUAAGCCGAAGUCAUCUAGGCGGCAAUCGACUGGCAGACAAUCCUCGUCAGCUAUGGCCCCGAGAACCCGACGCCAAUCGAGUGCGGCUGCAGAACAAUCAGCUCGGAUUUCAAGCCUAGGACGCUCGGCUAUUCUCAAGCGUGAAGAGUUGAAUGCUCAGGUCGAUGGGCUGAGAGUUAUUCUUAUCGGCGAUCUUCAUGAUCUUCCAUUGCUCGAUUGGAGUGUUAAGAAGUUCAAUGUCGAUGUCCGCGACUGGUCUACGACGCUGAAUGCCGAUACUAGCUUUGAAACUUUCGUCAAUGUGUACAACUUCUCAAAGUCUGCAUGGGAGCCUCUUAUUGAACCAUGGCAACUGGGAUUCCACGUGGCUAGGGAGGUCGAUCCGGAGAUCUUCUCUAUAGACGCCUAUUCUCACAAGACGAUGGAGCUCACUCUGACAUCCGCCACGAUUGCGCUGGCCUCGAAGUCUUUCCAGUUCCUGUCCACGGACGAGGAUGUUCUUUCCAAGCCAAGAGGGGCAGAUGCACCUUACCGAAUCCGCAACUACACGGGUUUCGACCUGCACGUCUGGGCCGAUAUCGGUGCAGAUGAAGAUGGACCGGCUGCCAGACUAGCCGACGGCGAGGAGUACCCUUGGCGAUUCGAGGACUCGACUUCGAUGCGUGAGACACUCGCACCCGAGGGACAUGCCGGGCUUGUCGGCAUCAAGCUCGAAGGGAGUGGCUUCGACAGCGUGAACCGGAUCCCAGUUGUCAGAGAAGGUGAAAUUCUGUACAGUCUGAAACCCAAGAAGGACGGCAUUCUUCAUCGACUUCUGGUCGAGGUCAAAUUAGGUGCGGACAAUGUGAAGUAUAUCACCUUCCGCUCGCCGCUGGUAGUCGAGAACAGCACGCAGAUUCCUGUGGAAUUGGGCGUUUUCAAUCCUCAAGAAGGUCACUUGCUGAAGAUCGAGAAGAUCCUUCCCGGAGAAUCACGGCCUGCACCUGUUGGAGCAGCUUACAUGCACUCCCUCGUCAUCCGUCCUGACCAAGGAUUCGGGUACGAUUGGUCUAAUGAGCAACUGCACUGGAAAGACAUGCUACGUCGCCCCACUCGGACAAUCAAGUGCCUAAGUGAAGGCGGGCAACAGUCCCCUCCCUUCUAUUUCCAGAUGCACGCCAGUUACAACGAGCGGGACUCUCUCACGGGCGUCUAUCCUUACAUGAGGAUCAAGAUCUUUGCGCCUGUUGAGAUCCAGAAUCUUCUUCCGUAUGAUUUCAAGUAUCGGAUUUACGACAAGAACACAAGAAAGGACUGGACGAACUUCCUGCGCAAGGGAGGUGUCAGCCCGGUCCACGUUGUUGAACUUUCCCACCUGUUGCUACUCAGCGUGGACCUGGAGGACACGGUAUUCAAGCAGAGUGACUUUGCGAUCAUCAAUGGUAAUUCUCAAGAUUUCAAGAGAGAGCAUACCUUGUCUCUGAAGGAUGAGCGAGGCAUUCAGUUGCGAUUGAAACUCCACUACUUCAGAGUCCCUGACAGUGGUGGGGCCUUUAAGGUCUCUGUCUACAGCCCAUACCUCAUUCUGAACAAGACUGGUCUGCCCAUGGAGAUCCAAAGCAAGGCCUUCCUACAAUCAGCCCGCUCGGCUGCGGGGCAAGGAUUGAGGGCUGAUCCCCGGAAUGGGGGGCGUACGCUCCCAUACAUGUAUUCCUACCAUACUGAUGAUCAGAAGAACCGGUCUAUGCUGAGAAUAGGAGACUCUGCUUGGAGUAAGCCCCAGAGUUUCGAGGCCAUUGGAAGCACUUUUGAGGUUAUUCUCCCAGAUCAGCAGGGCAGAAGUGAGUUCCAUUCGGGUGUCUCCGUUGCUGAGGGCGAGGGCAAAUACAAGAUGACCAAAGUCGUGACUAUCGCACCUCGAUUCGUUCUGAAGAACAAGUUGAGCGAGGACAUCUUGGUCCGAGAGCCCGGUUCUUCCAGUGUGCUCAACAUCAAGAGUGGCGAGCUUGUACCUCUCCAUUUCUUACGCCAAGUCGCUGAGAAACAGCUUUGCCUGUGCUUCCCUGGCGUUAAUAACCAGUGGUCUUCUCCGUUCAACAUCGCAGAUAUUGGGACGGUGCAUGUCAAAUUGGCCAAAGCGCAACAACGUCAGAGACUCAUCAAAGUUGAUGUGGUCAUGGAAGGCGCAACGCUCUUCCUCCAUUUUAGCUUCGAAACUCGGAACUGGCCGUUCUCCAUGCGGAAUGAGAGUGAUAUGGAAUUUAUUUUCUACCAAGCUAAUCCGAACGUCGAAGAGGAUGAGGAAGACAGAACAAAUGGCUGGCGACCGAUCCGCUAUCGACUUCCCCCCCGAAGUAUCAUGCCUUACGCUUGGGAUUACCCAGCCACUAAGAACAAAUCUCUUGUUCUGGCAUGCAAGGGCAAAGAAAGACAUGUCAGGCUUGCAGAGAUUGGCAAUUUGAUACCUAUGAGAAUCCCGCCUACUCAGUACGGUGAGACCCAGAAAAUUGUUGAUAUCAAUAUCGUUGCCGAUGGGCCGACUCAAACCUUGAUGUUGUCCAACUUCAAGCAAUCCAAGAGUAUGUACAAGCAGAAAGACAGGGGACAAGCCUCGCAGAGCAGCUUAAGCGCUGGUUUCGAGGUCAAAGAGCUUGAUUCGGAUGUCAACUUUAAGGCUCAGCUCCGCCUUGGAGGAAUCGGCAUCUCUCUGAUCAAUCAAAAUCUCAAGGAGUUGCUAUAUCUGACAUUCCGUGAGAUUGACAUCAAAUUCAGGGAAUCAAGAAUCUACCAGACCUUGAAUACCACCAUCAAAUGGAUACAGAUUGACAACCAAUUAUAUGGCGGCAUCUUCCCAAUCUUGCUCUACCCCAGUGUGGUUCCAAAGACUGGCAAGGAAAUGGAAGCACAUCCAAUCUUCCACACAAUGGUGACUCGGGUGAAGGACGAUUCUUAUGGUGUUCUCUACAUCAAGUACGCCACAGUUCUCUUACAGCAGAUGACACUGGAGCUUGACGAGGACUUCAUUUUUGCGAUGUUGGACUUCGUCAAGGUACCCGGUGCAUCGUGGUCUGAGGAACACGAGGGAAAGCUCUGUGACGAGGAUUUGAAUAUCCCAGAACCGCAGACUGAGGGUACUGUCUCAGACGUCUACUUUGAGCUACUUCACCUGCAGCCCAUGCAACUCGAUAUCUCCUUUAUGCGUACCGAGCGUGUGAAUGCGGAGGACACCUUGCAGCCGUCGAACCCCCUGAUGUUCUUCGUUCAUGUCAUGACCAUGUCGAUGGGCAAUGUGAACGAUGCACCCAUUCGGCUCAAUGCGCUCAUGCUAGAGAACGCUCGUGUCUCUCUUGAUGUUCUUGUCAGCAAUAUCCAGAGACAUUACACCCAGGAGUUCUUGCGACAAGUGCACGUUGUCUUGGGGUCGGCUGAUUUCUUGGGUAAUCCUGUCGGUUUGUUCAACAACGUCAGCUCCGGUGUCGCUGCUAUCUUCUAUGAGCCUUACCAGGGUCUUGUCAUGACUGAUCGGCCACAAGAGCUUGGUAUCGGCAUCGCGAAGGGGGCGACCAGUUUCGUGAAAAAGUCCGUUUUUGGAUUCUCUGACAGCAUGGCCAAGCUCACCGGAAGUAUGUCCAAGGGUCUGGCCGCUGCCACCCUAGACAAAGAGUUCCAAGACCAGCGACGAAUGUCCAAGUCGCGGAACCGACCGAAGCACGCUCUGUAUGGCAUCACUGCUGGGGGAAAUGCCUUCGCAACUAGUCUCGCAAGUGGCAUCGGAGGACUCGCCCGCCACCCCCUCCAGGGUGCUGAAAAGGAAGGCAUCCAAGGCUUUUUCAAAGGUGUCGGAAAGGGUGUCCUGGGUCUUGCGACGAAACCCGCCAUUGGCGCCUUCGAUCUUGCCUCAAAUCUCGCUGAAGGCGUGCGUAACACCACCACUGUUUUCGACGCGGAGGGCCUCGAUCGUGUACGUCUGACCCGCUUCAUCGGCACCGACGGUAUCGUUCGGCCGUACUCGCAACGCGAAGCACUCGGACAAUUCUGGCUCAAGACGGCCGAUGACGGCAAAUAUUUUAACGAGGACUACAUUGCGCAUCUUGAGCUCCCGGGUCGAGACAUGCUGGUCAUGUUGACCUACGAUCGAAUCAUCCUCGUGCGCACGAAGAAGCUUCGCACAGAAUGGGACAUGCGCUUGAAGGACAUCCAGACCAUAUCUAAGGAGCGAACGGGAAUGAGCAUCACUCUCAAGGGGGGUGCUAAUGGGCCAUUCAUCCCAGUGCAGGAUGAGAGCUCGAGGAAUUGGUUGUACCGACAGAUUGCUGUUGCUGUUAAUGCUUUUAAUGAGAAGUAUAAUGCACGUGCCUAGGACCAACCACCCUCGGAAGCCUUAAUGAGAUAUCCUACUGAAGGGCAGGGGUAGUGUUUUGGAGGCAAUGAUUGUACAACAUGUAUGCAUGGAUC